UAAAAAUUUAUCCACCCCAAAGCAGAAGCCACAAUCUCACUCAAUCCUCGAACGUGUGGAUCGCACUCGGUUCAACCAAGUUAUUCCCCUCUGCGCUCGCUUCCCACGAGACGAAGAUGUUCGCCUCCAAAUUUAGAGGCCACCGCAUUACACUCCCCCACACUAACCGGAUCUCCACCCUACAACUCCUCCACUCCUCCACCACCACCUCCUCCUCCCUUCCCCCGAAUCCCUACCCCCACCAACAUGUCUCCCACGAUUAAACUCCACGACCGCCACCUCAAUCUCCUCAACAACAACAACAUCGGCAUCUCCAAACCCAAAACCGAACUCCUACACUUCAAGCUCAAAUUCCGAACCAAACCCAUCUACCACUCCGACCCGUUGCUCUCCGUCGCCUACAACUCCACAAUGCACGCCUCCUCCGCUCACCCGCCUCAGUCCGGCGUCAUCAAGAGCUCCCUGAUCGACCCCGACGGCGGGGCCCUGGUCGAUCUCGUGGUGCCGAAGAGCCAGAGGUUUGCCAAGGCUUUGAAGGCGGAGGCCCUGCCCAAGGUGCGGCUGACGAAGAUUGAUCUCGAGUGGGUACACGUCGUCAGCGAGGGGUGGGCCAGCCCGCUGCGGGGAUUUAUGAGAGAAGACCAGUACUUGCAGAGCUUGCAUUUUAAUUCGCUGCGAAUCGAAGACGGGUCGUUGGUCAACAUGUCGCUGCCCAUUGUGUUGGCGAUUGACGACGAGACUAAGGAGAGAAUCGGGUCGUCGAAUGAUGUCGGGCUGGUCGGUCCGGAUGGUAAUUUGGUUGGCGUAUUAAACAGCAUUGAGAUUUACAAGCAUAACAAAGAAGAAAGGAUUGCUAGGACUUGGGGAUCAACCGCGCCGGGAUUGCCAUACGUUGAGGAGGUGAUCACUCCGGCUGGAAACUGGCUUAUUGGCGGAGACUUGGAAGUACUAGACCGUAUCAAAUAUAAAGACGGGCUUGAUCACUAUAGGCUCUCUCCUCAACAGCUCCGGAAAGAAUUUGACAGGCGUCGAGCUGAUGCAGUUUUCGCCUUUCAGUUGAGAAAUCCCGUGCAUAAUGGCCACGCCUUGUUGAUGAACGACACACGCAGGCGACUCUUGGACAUGGGAUACAAGAAUCCAAUACUGUUGCUUCAUCCCUUGGGAGGUUUCACAAAGCCUGACGAUGUGCCAUUGGAUGUUCGGAUGGAGCAACAUAGCAAGGUCCUAGAGGAUGGAGUUCUUGACCCGGAAACUACUAUUGUGGGUAUAUUCACAUCACCUAUGCACUACGCGGGUCCAACUGAAGUACAGUGGCAUGCCAAAGCUCGGAUAAAUGCAGGUGCAAAUUUCUACAUUGUCGGCCGUGAUCCUGCUGGUAUGGGACACCCCACAGAGAAGAGGGAUCUAUAUGACCCUGAUCAUGGGAAAAAGGUGUUAAGCAUGGCUCCCGGGCUCGAGAAGCUCAAUAUUUUGCCUUUCAGGGUGGCAGCUUAUGACACUGUGGAGAAGAAGAUGGCAUUUUUCGAUCCUUCACGUGCUAAAGAUUUCCUCUUCAUCUCUGGAACCAAGAUGCGUGCUUAUGCAAAGAGCGGCGAAAACCCUCCUGAUGGUUUUAUGUGUCCGUCGGGAUGGAAGGUUCUCGUCAACUAUUACGAGAGCUUGCAAACAGAAGAGGCAUCGCAGCAACAAGCUGUGUUAUCCACUUAGACAUCAGUGAUAAAUUAACACCAGAGUAUUCAGCCAAGUUAAUUCCAGUUUAGCCGCAGAAAGAGCGUAGCCACUAGCCAGAUUAUAACCGAUGCAGCCCUUCCAGCACAGGGGUGACCUUUUGGAGAGUAUCUUUUGUUUUCCAAUCCGGUAGGCAUAAUGCUUGUAACAUAUUAAUUUUUUUCUUUUUCUUUUUUGUUUCUGAGGUUAUGUAAACCAGGAAAACAUUUGCUUUAUAUGAUUGGGUGAGUUUUUUCUUGAAACUAAUGUGAACCGAAGAUCUGCAUAUAAGAUUUUGUUGUUGUA